UCCCCUUCCUGCCUGCCUUGACUCUGUAGCCGACUGUGUACCCUUUCCCCUUCGGACCAACCUUUUUUGCCACGACUGCGUUACCCAUCCAUCUCCUAUAACGCUACUCUACUUUCCAAGUUUGUACACAUCAUUGUCGUCUCUUCAUCGUCUCCUGCCUCAGCUUCCUAAUAUCCAACCCCAACACCCCGCUUCAGCCAACCUACCUACCUACCUACCUCUACAACACCACAACAACCGCCAACAUGGAGCUCGAACCCAAGUACGACGACUAUGACUACCCUACCACCGCGCCCGACGCGCAGGAGGGCCACCCCGGCCAUCUGACUCCCCAGCAGCAGGCCCAGGUCACCCAGCUUCGUCUGAUGCUGGAGUCUGAGGGCUACACCAAGCGCCUCGACACCCUUACGCUGCUGCGCUUCCUCCGCGCCCGCAAGUUCGAUGUCAACCUCGCCAAGCAAAUGUUCGUCGAGUGCGAGAAGUGGAGGGCAGAGACCAAGCUUGACGAGACCGUCCCUGAGUGGGAGUACCCCGAGAAGGAAGAGGUUUCCAAGUACUACCCCCAAUACUACCACAAGACCGAUAAGGAUGGCCGCCCCGUCUACAUCGAGCAGCUUGGCAAGAUCGAUCUGAAUGCCAUGUACAAGAUCACAACAGCCGAGCGCAUGCUUACCAACCUCGCUGUCGAGUACGAGCGUCUCGCCGACCCUCGCCUGCCCGCUUGCUCCCGCAAGGCCGGUGUCCUCCUCGAGACGUGCUGCACCAUCAUGGACCUGAAGGGCGUCGGUCUCACCAAGGCCCCCCAGGUCUUCGGCUACGUCAAGCAGGCCUCCACCCUCUCGCAGAACUACUACCCCGAGCGCCUCGGCAAGCUCUACCUCAUCAACGCGCCCUGGGGCUUCAGCACCGUCUGGAACGUCAUCAAGGCUUGGCUCGACCCCGUCACCGUCUCCAAGAUCCACGUCCUCGGCAGCGGUUACAGCAAGGAGCUCCUCGGGCAGGUGCCCGCUGAGAACCUCCCCAAGGAGUUUGGCGGUACCUGCCAGUGCGCCGGUGGCUGCCACAUGAGCGACAUGGGUCCUUGGCGCGAGGAGCAGUGGGCCCGUCCCGCCAAGUGGGAGAAGAAGGCUGAUGCUCCCGCGGCUGCUGCCCCCGCCGCCGCCCCUGCCGCUACCGAGGCUGCCCCUGCUCCCGCCGCCGAGCCUGCCGUCGCUGCUACUGAGGCUGCCGCCCCUGCUCCCGCUGCCGCAUAAGAGAUGCAAUGUGGAGGUUUGAGGACGGCUUCCAGUCAGAAAGACGGCAGUUCGAAGGGCAAAGCAUCACCGAGUCCCCCCAAAAGAUGGCGUCAUUUCCGCCUGUGAGGGGAAGGCUGUUAACGCGGUUUGCUUACAUGAAAUAUCAUGGGUCUAUAUACGCUAUGAAAGAGUAUUCAGUUGUAAUGAAGUCAUCAUUCGGCCAGACUAACUUAGUGGCCGUAAUGGGUAGGAGUUGGUUGUGUUUGCAGGGUAUUUUCAAGUGCGAGAUCGGAAACGUUAAUCCGGUUUGAACUUAGC